GGCGGCAUGUUGUGGAAGUAUCCUCGACGUACAAACGUGGAGCGACAAAGGACCACAUAAAUGCUUACGAUAAACAAGAGGGUUCAGUGCGACAUACUGGAUACCCUUCAUGGAGACGCCCCUUUCCGCACGUAGUUGUAGCGACUCUUGCUUCAUUUUUGUUUGGCUACCAUCUUGGUGUAGUUAAUGAAACGUUAGAGAGUAUUUCUCUGGACCUUGCCUUUAGUGGGAGUACAUUGGCAGAAGGUCUCGUAGUAAGUACAUGUUUAGGUGGUGCCUUUCUUGGAUCUCUAUUCAGUGGCUGGAUUGCAGAUGGGGUAGGGCGUCGUAGAGCAUUGCAGCUUUGUGCAUUACCCAUGAUAAUUGGUGCAUCAAUGAGCGCAACCACAAAAAAUCUAUGGGGAAUGCUUCUUGGGAGGUUAUUUGUUGGAACUGUGGGACUUGGGCCAGCUGUUGCAGCACUCUAUGUUUCUGAGGUAUCACCAGCUUAUGUAAGAGGAACUUUUGGGAGUUUUACUCAGAUUUCAUCGUGUCUCGGUCUUCUGGGAUCCCUAUUUAUGGGACUUCAGGCCAAGGGAAUAGUAGGUUGGUGGCCUUGUUUUUGGGUAUCAGUCAUUCCUGCUGCUUUACUUGUUUUGAUGGAGUUUUCAGCAGAAAGUCCUCACUGGCUUUUCAAGAGUGGAAGAACUGCUGAAGCUGAGGCUGAAUUUGAGAAGCUUUUGGGAGGGGCAGAUGUUAAAUAUGCAUAUGCAGAAUUGUCAAAGUCUGAUAAAGGAGAGGAUUCAGGUGCAGUAAAGUUAUCAGAGUUACUCCAUGGCCGCCAUCACAGAGUGGUUUUCAUUGGUUCAACCCUUUUUGCUUUACAGCAGCUCUCUGGCAUAAACGCUGUUUUCUAUUUCUCUUCUGUCUUCAAAAGUUUCGGUGUACCUUCAGAUCGUGCAAAUAUUUGUAUAGGUGUAGCAAACUUCUUAGGGUCAAUUGUUGCAAUGAUACUGAUGGAUAAACUUGGAAGAAGGGUGCUGCUUCUUGGGAGUUUUUCAGGCAUGGUAGUGUCAAUGGGCCUCCAAGUGUUUGGAGCAAGCUCAUUCCCAUCCAGCACUGAAGCAUUCUAUCUGUCUGCCGGUGGCAUGUUACUGUUUGUUCUGACGUUUUCUCUUGGUGCCGGUCCUGUUCCUAGCCUCCUCCUAUCAGAAAUAUUUCCUAGUCGAAUUCGAGCAAAAGCAAUGGCGUUUUGUAUGUCGGUACAUUGGGUGAUAAACUUUUUUGUCGGUUUACUCUUCCUGCCCUUACUGGAGCAAAUAGGAGCCCAGAUCCUGUACACAGUUUUCGGUGCAUUUUGCUUGAUAUCAGUGAUUUUUGUGAAGAGAAAUGUAGUGGAGACAAAAGGAAAAUCACUUCAGGAAAUUGAAAUGGCACUUCUUCCAGUAGAGUAGAGGGAAAAAAAAACAGAUAAUCAUCUUGCAUAUAUUUAGCACAAUCCCUUGUUCGAAGUGAGAACUUUACAAGAGCAUAGAACAACUUCGGAAUUUAAAGCUUCAAGACCUUUACCUGGUCGCUUGCUAGAAUGGUAUUGAUUCUCUUCAAGACUGUCUUAUAUUUUGACCUCUAUUCAGGCCAUUGAUUCUUUAUAUAUAACCAUUUUUUCCCCUUUCUUUUCCUUGAUAAUGAAAAGAAAGUCACCGAAUGGCAAAUACCACUGAUCAAAGAUCGAAUUUCUUUAUCCAUUGAUUAUUUAUGUAAUUUUGACCUUCACAGCUUAUACCUAUGAGUUCUCACAAGGCUGCAUGUUCAUAUAAAACAUGAUUGUAACAUGCAUCCAACUGUUUUUGAGUGACAAUGUGUUCACUUCACAUAUCUUAUCACAAGAUUUGAGUUUUGGCUGAGAUAUGAGAAAUUAUGAAACUAAUGAUAACAAAUUAGUAUUAUUAUU